GCGGAAUGUUUACCACUAGGACCCUGAUUGCGAAUGGAACAGUCGCUAAGGAGGACCAAUUUCCUUGGACGGUCUUCCUCAAGAUUCGCACCGCUGAUCGCCACCUCCAUAUAUGUGGAGGAAGCAUCUUUACCAAGCGCCACGUUCUUACCGCAGCACACUGCAUCACGUACGAUAGCGGAGAUCCAAUCGGAAUAUUAGUCAUCUACGGAAACCACGACUGGCGCAAUGGCAGAACCCUCAGAGUGACGAAGAUGAUUCGUCAUCCCAUGUACAAAGGAAAGCCGUUUGCCCAUGAUAUUGCUGUCCUGACGGUGGAAAAGCCGUUCAAGUUCACUGGCAACGUCAAACCUAUAUGCAUCCCCGCCAUCCCAAUGGACAUCUACAACACCGACACUGUCGUCGCAGGUUGGGGACACGUUAAGGAAGGCGCAUCACACUUCCCACAUCGACUCCGCUAUACGACCGUCAAGAUUCUACCGAACGAAAGAUGCUCUUCUUUGUACCCUGGCUACGACAAGAACGUGAUGUACUGCGCCUACCGGAAGGGCACAGGCUUUUGCGACGGUGACUCCGGGGGACCGCUAAUGGCGCAAGGCGUCGGGGCCCACUACGUGCAAGUGGGCAUCGUCUCAAACGCCGGUGGCUGCGCGAAGCUGAACAAACCGGGCGUGUACACGCGCGUCGACGCGUUCACACCUUGGCUUAUGCAGGUCGUGCGCUCCUCGAGCUCCUCGGACAAGGCCUACUCGGAAGAAGUGCCCCUACAGCUGGCUCCGUACAUGGUACCGCAGUGGCCUUUCUUUAACGUUCCACUGUGGAGCUACAACCCUUUCUUCACAUCCCCAAUAAACUCCACGGGACUCGAGAAAGAAAGUCAGCCUCGAGCCCCAGAAAAAAAAAAAGCGGCGCAGGGUCGGAAGUGGCCGACGAGAAGGCGACAUGAAGUCGUUCCUUUCUCACGCAGCUCCCGACUGUCUCCCGGCACAAAGGAAACGCCAAACGAAGUCACCAAGGGACACGACAUGACAGGUCAACGCACCAAGCCACCUGCGGUGACGUCAAUGGCGGGAAGAAUUGCCGAUACUACGCACGUGGUGCUCGAAGGCAUUCGAUCCUGCGCCGCCUUGGCCGUCAUAUUGCUGAGCGUGUCCACUCUUACUGCGGCAGAUUUUCAAAGCGAAAAACAAUGCGGUGUGUUCUUCGAGACCAGGGUGAUCAACGGGAUGCGCGCCAGUCAGGGGAUGUUCCCCUGGAUGGUGCGGCUUCUGGUUUACCUCAAUGGAUCGUCUCCAGCAACCUGCGGAGGCGCCAUCAUCACCCGGUGGCACAUCCUGACUGCCGGUCAUUGCGUCGUCAGGAACCACAAGUUGAUACCGAAGAUCGAAGGCAUAUACGGCGCCGCGGACACGACGUCGAAGUACGCGACCAAGACACGAAUCGCUGCAGUGGCUCUGCACCCGCGCUUCUCCGAAGACGAGUACCACGAUGACAUCGCCGUACUGAGGGUGCCCCAGGCGUUCAACUUUGGCGCCCAGCUCAGGCCUGUCUGCCUCGACUUCGAUCUGGGCGACCUGACCGGCAAGACCGUCACCGUGGCCGGCUGGGGAGUUCAAAAGAGCAGCCGGGGACCGUCGGAUAGGCUGCGCUACACGAAGCUGCAAAUUCUGCAGCAGUCCGUCUGCGAGCAGAAGCUGCAGUCAUACAAGUUCAACAAGUCCAACAUGAUGUGCGCCUAUGGAGAAGACACAGACGCUUGCCAGGGCGACUCCGGCUCUGCUGUGAUGUUCCGCAAGGGCCCCCGCUACAUCCAGGUCGGAAUCGUGUCGCAUGGUGUCGGCUGCGCCCAGGGCAUGCCGGGAAUCUACGUGCCCGUCAGUGUCUACAAGGAGUGGAUAUUGCAGACCAUCGCCGACCAGACCGCCUUCGAGCCGAUCGGUGGCCAGAAUAUGGUCAGGUGAAACCGCGCGUGAAAAU